AUGGCGUUCCGUGUGCGGAGCUCCAAGUUCCGGCACGUCUACGGGAACCCAGUCAAGAAGGAGUUCUGUUACGAGAAUGUGAAAAUUACCAAAAAUGCUCAUGACGCUAAUUUUUGUGCGGUGAAUCCAAAAUUCUUGGCUGUAGUAACAGAAUCUGCUGGAGGAGGGGCUUUUAUCAUCUUACCUAUAGAGAAGACUGGUCGCAUUGACAUUAACACUCACAAGGUCUGUGGUCACACCGGGCCAGUCUUGGAUGUCAAAUGGAGUCCAUUCAGUGAUCAUAUCAUAGCAUCUUGCUCUGAUGAUGCUACAGUGAAAAUAUGGCAGAUUCCUGAAGAUGGACUUAAAGAGAACCUUUCUGAUUGGUUGGUUGAUUUACAUGGCCACCAACGAAGGGUUGGAUUCAUAGAGUGGCAUCCAACUGCAGAGGGCAUCAUACUUAGCGCAGGAUAUGAUUUUAGGUGUAUCCUGUGGAAUACAGAAACAGCUGAGCCAAUCAAUAUAAUCUCAGUUCAUACAGAUACCAUAUUUGGAAUAUCCUGGAACAGAGAGGGUAGUCUUUUUGCAACAGUGUCAAAAGAUAAGAAAGUUCGUGUGAUUAAUCCACGAAGUGGAGAGGUAGUUGGGGAGGGUAUGGGUCACCUUGGUCCCAAGGCCAUGAAAUUGUGUUUUGUAGGUAAUAAUAAACUGUUCACUACAGGAUUCUCAAAAGUGAGUGAUCGACAAUUUGCAGUAUGGGAUAUAAAAGAUAUGUCUAUACCUAUUAAAAUGGAGUCUAUAGAUUCGUCUAGUGGAGUGCUAUUUCCAUUUUGUGACCAGGACACUAGAGUAGUUUUUGUAGCUGGGAAGGGUGAUGGAAACAUUCGUUACUUUGAGAUCACAGAUGAGCAGCCAUAUUGCCAUUAUCUCAGUCAGUACCAGUCAGGUUCACCUCAGAAAGGAUUAGGGUUGAUGCCAAAGAGAGGCUGUGACCCAUUUAAGUGUGAAAUUGUUCGUUUCUACAAACUGCAUUCAACCAAAGGCCUGGUUGAACCUAUAUCCAUGAUAGUUCCACGCAAAUCUGAAAUAUUCCAAGAUGAUAUCUUCCCUCCCACAGCCAGUCUUUGCCCCUCUCUGACAGCUGAUGAGUGGAUCAGCGGACAGAACAGAGACCCCAUAUUGAUCUCAUUGAAGGAUGGUGCUCUAUCAGAAACGCCUACAAUCACCACAUAUCGUGCAGUACGUCAUGGCUCCUCAGUCAGCAACCAAUCAGUGACAAGGCGUCAGAACAAUGCAGCGACACCUACAACUCCUGAGGAGAAGAUUCCCCAGUCAGUUCGUAACAUCCAGAGACUUAGUACAUCUCUAGAUGCUCACACGAUACAAGAUCACAUAGAAGAACAACAGAAGGUCGACAAAAGGAACAGUGUAAAUGACAGAGUGUCUGCCUUUGAGAGUAGAGAUCAUACAGAGGUGAACAAGCAAACAAUAUAUUCAAGCUCUAGCAAUGUUGUGGAGAAAAAUCUGACCAAUGGCCAUUCAAAGACUGAGACACAGUAUCACCACCAGGUGGAGCAAUAUGAGGAAACCAUGGAAACCUCUGAAAUCUCUGCUCAGUUACACCAAUUGGAAAACAUUGAUUCGUCAGAUGAUCAUGGCAGUGAUGAACCAUUUAGAAGAGUAGGUUCAAUCAGAAACAAAGCUUCAAUGAUUGAGAAAAUGAUAAAUCAACAAAAUGCAAUAAUUGUUCCCGAUGAAGAUGAAAAGAAACCACAAAUAACUCUCAUGUCGGAGGAAAAUACAACAGACGAAAGUGAAUACUUCUCAAGGGAUAAUAAAUUUUUACGUGGCUCAAUCAGGAAGAAGGUUCAAGCCAUGGAACAGCAGUUAGAACAAUCUAAGACAGGUUCCUGGAACCUGGAACCACAACAUAGUUCAUCUAGUCGCCCUCAUGUGCAGGAUAUAUUUGGCUCUGGCUCUGGUUCUCUAAAGGAAACAAAAACCAGAGCAAGGCCUAGUUUGAAAGACAUAUUUGGAGAUGGCUUGAAUCAGUCGGAACCUACAAAGGAUGCUUCUAAUAAAAUAUCUAGAGGUGGUUCACUUAAAUUAAAAAGUGGGUUCAAUUACGAUAAAGAAUUUGAAGGGCUAAGUUCACAAAAUAUGAUGCAGUUUGAACCAGUCAGAAGAGGAUCAUUCUCUUCCCCUAAACCAAUCAGAAAAACCCCAAUGACAUCACCCCAGCCACGGCGCAAAGCAGUAAUAACAUCACCAGGGAUGCAACGCAAACAAAUGAUGUCACAGACAUCUCCACAGUUACAGAGAAAAUCAUCAUUUGAUUCAGCACAAUAUCCAAUAAAGUCUCCUCAAAUACAAAGACCACAGGAAUCCCCACAGUCAGCCAGAAAAUUCAUGAAUUCACCAUCUGGAAGUGGCGCUGGUAACCACAAGGCAAGCCUCACAAUUGGAACACUGGCUGGACCUACUGAUGAGAGGGAACGUCGUGUUUCAUUGGAUGAAUCAGACAUUGAGCCAAGUUCCCCUAGGUUAACUCCAAGGAGACUAUCAGUUGAAAGACUGCAUAUAUUUGAGUCAGAUGAUGAGGGAGACGUUAGUUUUGAGAGCAAAGCUGUUUUGAAACUUGGUCGCAAACGUGAUCCUAGUCCCCAAAGAGUUGUCAAACUAACCAGAACUCCUAGCAAUGAACUAGCUAGAAAUCUAGGUGGGUCUCAUGAUGAAUCACCAACUAGAGAAUUUUCCCCACACCCUGUUGUUCAAAAGCCUUCACCAAAUGAACAUUUAUUGUCCAAGGUAAAGAGGGUCUCUGAAACUAUAUCCCCAAUGAUUACAAGAAAAGCUGAUAGCCUUGAAAGUCCAGAUUCUGAAGAGAAAGAGGCGAUUGAUUCUCUAGAUGAGGUGCUGUCACCUGUAGCCAAGAUCAAAGAUGAGAGUGAACAGUGGUUGUGGUCCAAACUUUACCAAGAGGAGACAUGCAGUAGGUCAGAUAUAGUUCAGGAUACACCAGUAGACAAUACAUCCCCAGAGUCAACACUGAAGUCAGACUGCCGAACAGGGAAACAAGUUGAAAGGAGUUCUAGUAUGACAUCAUUGCCUAAUGAACAAUGGAGACAGAAAAACAUAAUUUCAAAAGAAAAUUCAGAGAGUUCUACAACAUCCGUUUCUAGAACAACAUCUGUCUCUUCUGUGACAACAUCUAUAAAAUCAGUGACAUCAUCAUCUAUAGGUUCAUUACAAGCUCCUUCUAACGCAAACACUCAACUUUCAACAACCCUCGUUUCUUCCACUACUAGCAAUCACUCUGAAGAGAAGUCUGUAUUUGUCUUCCCAAACAAUACCACCAAAACUGAACCCUUGCCAGUGGAAAAUUCCCUUUUAUCAGUGGAAAAUUCCCCACAUAAUAUUCCCACUAAAUCCCCUAUUUCUCCAAGCAUUGGUAAGAAAACAUUUAGAAUUGUAACAAAAACAGGAACAAAGACAAUUGAAGUUGGAGCGGAUACUAAAAUCUCUGCCAUUGAAUCAGAGAAAGGAGGUAAGACUCGUUCUGCAGAUUCCAAAAAGAAAGUCCCAAUAAAACGUUUCAUAACAAGAUCUGAAAACACUCCCCCCAAAUUGACACCCAGUGAUCAAACUGCAAGGAAUAUAAAAGAUACAAAUAAGGCUCAUAAAGUUACCCAACCAUCAGAAACUGAUGACCCCUCCCCAACUAAUGAGGAAAUCAUGGAAGCAUCAGAGGCAUAUUUACGUGCAAUGAAAGAGAAGAAACGGAAGCAGAGACAUUCAAGAAAUGAACACUCAAACAUACAUCACAAAUCCAAACCGAAUGUUAGCCAAACAAAUGGCACACACGAGGAACCCAAACUUAUGAACAAUGCCCAGAGAUCAAGUGAUGACUCAUAUAAAGUAAGAGACAAAUUUGAAAAGUUAAGUCAGGCUACUCCCCCUGAAAACAGCAAUCUCUCAAGGAUUGGAUCAAUAAACAAACAUAGUGUAAAAUCUACAGAGGAUACUGGGGUAUCUGGGGAAGUGAGGCCUACAUCUCUGGACAUUACACCUGCCACCAAAAGCCAAUCAAAUGCAGUAUCACCAUCAGCUGAAACACCAAUGCCAAAGAUUCCACAAAAUGCUGAAUUGUCAAAAAUAUCACCGACAAAAUACUAUGACGAUGCAGAUGCAUCUGUUAGGCCCUCGUCAAUUAAGGCUGCCGUUAUCGCCAGCAGUGAUACAGGUCACAUGAACUCAGAUGACCUUGGGGGGAAUGAGGUGAGUCACGUGAAGAAGGUGUGGGCACCCCGCAAGUUUGAAUCUCCCGACAAAGACAUCCCUGUGGAGAAUGGCACAGGCCCCAGGACUGACCCUGAGUUACGUAAAGCUUACUUCCGGCAACUUGAGGAGAUCCGGUCUCUGAAGGAGCACCUGGGACUAAAAGAUAAGCGCAUCAGACAAUUAGAAGAUGAACUUAGAUCUUUGAAAGAUGACCAAAGUCGACUAACUGAAAGCAAUUGUUGAGUUAUUUAUAAGAUACCAUUUAUAAUAUGGAUAUGUGAACCAAAUAGGGAUAUCUAUAGGGUUCUAACACCUGGAUAUCAAGAUUUGAGGAUAUAUGAAUGAAGGAAGGGACAAAGUUACAAUAUGUGAUGUUAUAUUAUGUAAGCUUCAGAGGAGUCAAGGGAAAUACUUGUGUAAGUAAGUGCAUGGAAAAUCUACCACUUGAGUGUGAUAUAUUGAAAGUCAUGCAGUCGUGGCUUUUUGAUCAACAUUUACAUGGAGUCAAAUGGAGGAAUUUUGCAUAGUAUUUACCAUGAGGUAGAAUGAAUAUCCUACCUAAGUUGUAUGGAGGAAUUGAUAACUUUUAAGUACACAGUUAAAAGCAUAGAGGAGUGUAUUCUACUGUGAGGUACGAUCAAAAUACUGGAACUACCUAGUUAAGAUAACUUGCUGCAAUAUAAGACUAAUGAAAGCAGUUGCAAAAGACUUAAAGCAACUAUCAUAGACUAAAAACAAGUAUGUACAAGUAUUAGACCAUAAACAAAUGUUGAAACUAAGGGUGGCUAAAAAAUCUCAUAUUGAGACAAAGUUUUUGGAAAUGUUUAUUGAAAUGAGCUAUCCACGAUCAAAUAAUGUGUCUUAGGUGUGAAUGCAAAAUAGAGCAUUGUGUUGAAUUAAAUUAGGAAGUCCAAUUUUCAAAGAUGGCCUAGCAUUAAUCAUAAUCAACAUUAUUUAUAUGUGUGUCAGUGUUUAUCUCAGGAUGGAUAUUGGCUAUGAACCAGUGGAUAUAAGAUAUAUCUAAGCAUUGAUACCAAUUAUUGAGAAAUAUAUGGCCCAAAGUGUGACUUUGAUAUGCUUUAUGUAAAUGUACAAAUGGGACAUGUACUUUGAGCAUAUGCAAUAUGUAGGCUUAUAGGUGGGACAUCUAGUGCUAGGAUAUAGCUUGUAUAGAGAUAGAGCAUAAUUUAUAAAAGAAUAUUUGUAAUUUUGUAGAAACAGUAGCUAGAUUCUUUAUCAAAAGAAUUAGAAGGGCUAGAGAGAGUAAAAUACUAGAAGCAAUAUUUUCAAAAAGCAUACCAACGUUUAUUUCAGAAUCCUAUUUAAUUUUCUGAAAUAAUUUAGGUUCAUGUAAAACUUCCUUUAUGAAACAAUCAAAAUUAGUGGCAAUUAUAUGUUAGUACUAUGUAUGUUAAGAUCCAGUACAUGAUUUUUAAGGAAUGAGUGCUUAAGAUGUCAUAAUAUAACUGGUGUCAUUCUUGAAUUUAAAAAGUUUUCCAUUACUUGGCUUGCAUUUGUCUGAUCUUUACAUUAUUUUAAUGAACUCUCAACCUUUGCACGAAUAAUGAGAUAUUUUCUAUAUUACAUAAGAGGU